UCCCAAACACAUUUCUACUUCAAAACUUCGAAAUCUUUUCUAAGCACACCCUAGAUAGUCCAAUGACGCCAAAACUCAUUCGUCAAUGACAUAUGGGAAUGGCUAAAAUGUCACUAGAAAUCAGAAUACACAAAUCAACUAGCCAGAAUUGCACCAAGUCAUCUUACGAGUUGUGUCUUGUGUAUUCUCGGAAGAGACCGAUCUUUCCCCCAAAACCCCGUCUUCCCCCUUCAGAUAAGUUUUUCCUUUCAGCUGCUGAAGAAGCUCGUCUUCGAGCAGGGCAAGAGAAAAAAGGGUCCAGAUCUCAACGGAAGGCUUGUUUAACCCCACCUUCUCGAGGAGAAAAGGGUGGCAACGGAGACGAUGAACAUAAUCAGCGGAAUAACGAUGCAGGUGAUAGUAACAGAAGCGGACGAGACUGUGGUAGUCCUGGAGACAACAGAGACGAUGGAGGUGAUGAUGGAGGGGACGAUAGGCGUGAUAAUAGAUAUGAAUCAUAUGACGUUAAGAGAACCCGAGAUGAUCACGAUAUCGGAAGCGCAUCGGCCCCAUUUCACGUUAAUUAUCUAUCCUUCGGAAAAGAGGAAGAAGAUAUUCGGGCAUCGUGGAGAUACGUCAGGGCCAGGAGAGGUGCUUACCACAACUCUAAACGGCUUGAAAAUGCUUCAUGGAGGGCAUGGAUGCAGUCAAAAAUGAAACUAACGAAAGUGACCCCAGAAUCUCUGAACUGGCUCAAGGAUUGCGAUGUUACUUGGCUAUAUGGCCCAAUGCCUACCCCUAAAAUUCCCGCCACUUCCCAAGAGACAACAACAGAUAGCGCCCGAAUGACAGCGCGCGAGUCAAUCAAUGGCGGAACUAUUUUAAAGAGCAACAGGGCCAUAGAGACUCAGGCGCUGCGUGAUUUUGCACGCCGCGAUCUGAAAAUACCCAUAGCCCCGACUGACCAGAGACAGGAGGUCAAUAGCAAAAAAGAACGCCGACCAUUUAUUCAUCGGGUUAUGGCUGCUGCCAUCAAGUUCUCAACUGCAUUAUCGCAUAGACCCCGGGGAGACUCGACGCCAGCGGAAUCUCGUCCAGAACAGAGGCAUGUCUCAGCAGCUAGAAGCGAGAAACAUGUAAGAUUCCGCGAUGUAGUGGAGCAAUUCACGGUUGUGGAUGAGAACGAGCACGGCGAGGAGGGUGAGACCAACGACAUGUCUUCUUUAAAUGCAGACAACACAGAUAACGGAUUCGGAGUGACGACAAAACCUAGCAAGGCCAAUUUGCUGCCUCUUAACGACAGCAAUAAUAGGGCAAGGUUACAACCUGCAACUUUACGGCACGAAGAAGACAUCGCAGAUAAAAUAUUGAGCCCCAGUCCGGUGUUUGAGCUUCAAUAGCUUUGAAUUUGGUCUUUGAAAACUGCCACCGGUUUUUUUUCUUAUGCGAUACGAAGGAUUAAAGAAGAAGGGCUAUGAAGAUAAUAAAUGCUAGGUAGAGACGUUGAAAAUAGAAUUCAUCUACAUCUAUCCGCUAGAUUUUAGUGAUGG